UGUUUAUUUAUUUGUUUGCUUAUAAAUUUGAUUGAAAAUGACUCGCCAUGCACGCAAUUGCACUGCCGGAGCUGUUUAUACCUACAACGAAAAGAAACGCGAUGCAGCAGAAUCCGGAUAUGGCACAAAUGACAAGCGUCUGGGCAAAGAUUCAGUGAAAUCUUUUGAUUGCUGCUCAUUGACCCUGCAGCCCUGCCGGAAUCCUGUGGUAACCAAAGAUGGUUACCUUUUCGACAAGGAGGCCAUCCUACAGUACAUUGUCACCAAGAAAAACGAGUACAGUCGCAAGCUGAAGGAAUAUGAGCGUCUGCGUCGCGUCGAGGAAAACGAACUGGCUCAGGAUGCAAAUAAUAAGCAAUUGGCGCGCAUGGAGAAAUUCGUCAAUGCUGAGAAGCCAACAACAACUCCUGCACAUAAGCCGACAGCUACCAUAGUAAAGACCAGCGAUCUCGAUGCGAUGCCCGGCACUUCAUCAGCAGCAGGGGCCAGCUCUAGCAAUUCCAUUUCCAAUAUGACUAAUGGGCAUGAAAAGAAGCUGCCCAGCUUUUGGCUACCUUCCGAGUGUCCGAAUGCAGGCGUUGCCAAGGCGCAAAAGCCCGAUCCCACCAUUUAUUGCCCCGUCUCCCAGCAGCAGCUUCGCAUGAAGGAUCUAAUCGAUGUCAAGUUUACGCUGCUCAAAGAUGGGGACACCAAGCGUUCCCUUAUUGCCAAGGAGGCGCGCUACAUGUGUCCCAUCACCCACGAUGCUUUAAGCAAUGCGGUGCCUUGUGCCGUUCUGCGUCCUACUGGCGAUGUCGUUACCAUGGAAUGCGUAGAGAAGCUUAUACGCAAGGACAUGAUACAUCCUUUGACCGAUCGCAAGCUUAAGGACAAGGACAUCAUUCCACUGCAACGUGGUGGCACCGGCUACGCAAUCACCAAUGACAAUCUACAAGCUAAGGAAAAGCGGCCCAUGCUGCAAGUUUAGAUGGAUUUUAAAUAACAAUUUUUUUAUGUUAGUUAAGCAACAAUCAAACUCAAUUUUUCUUAGAUUAAACAUUUUAAAAUAUUACUACAUACACAAAAUUGUAAUUGUAGUUUUUUGUUUGUAUUUUAUGUUAGCUUCAAAAUAAACUUUCUGAGAUUCGA